AUGGUUGAUCCGCUCUCUGUUGCCUCAGGCAUUGCCGGGCUACUUUCACUUGGAAUUCAGGUCACCCAAUCCUUAGUCAAUUUCUACACAGCAUACAAGCACCAAGACGCCGAUGUCGCAAAGAUAACUCACAAUAUCGAGAAUCUUCAGGCUCUUUUUAGAGCACUUGAUGUCGCAGUCGAGGAACGCCGCUCGCGGCCCGACACCAAAGAUUUACUCCGGGAAGUCGACAAGGCAGUGCAAAAAUGUGCGGAAGUUAUUACCGACCUCCAAAACGAAUGUGACCGCUUCCACAAAGACUCGGCCGCUGGUUUCAAGGACCGCGUUAAAACUGUCGGGCGCCGUGCAGCCUAUCCCUUUCGGAAAGGAACCCUGUCUCAACUCGAAGAAGACGUCGGUGUCAUACGUGAGAAUCUGUCAUUUGCGAUGAGUAUUCUGCAGCUGAAGAGCCAUACUAUGAUUCAACAUGACAUAUCGGACAUCAAGUCGAUUGUUGAGCGAAUAAAUGCUAGCCAAGUCUCUUUCGCAAUUCGUUCCUGGCUUAAGGCGCCGGAUGCAUUUCUGAACCAUAACGCGAACUGCGCUAAAUGCCAUCCAAGCACUGGUCUCUGGUUCGUUAAUGGCCAUAAAUUUCAAGAUUGGUUAAAAGAGGAGAACUCUUUUUUAUGGCUGAAUGGUUUUGCGGGAUGUGGAAAAUCAGUUCUCUGCUCCACAGCAAUUCAGUAUUCCUUUCAUCAUAUGCAGCAGAAGGAUGGUGCAGUAGGAAUUGCGUUUUUCUACUUCUCAUUUAGCGAUGAACAGAAACAAGACGACAACGGCAUGUUACGCACAUUACUUCUGCAAUUAUCAGGACAGCUCGGGCGAGAUGGAGAGAGAGAUCUAGAGCAACUACAGGAAUUAUAUCGUUCUGGAUCGCCCCCAGUCAAUGUGCUACUUGACUUGCUACAACACCAGCUCAAAGAAUUCAGUAACGCUUAUAUUUUGAUCGAUGCUCUAGAUGAGAGCCCACGGGACUUGAAAAGAGAAGGCGUUCUAAGAGCGAUAGAAGCGAUACGCGGAUGGUCAAUACCCGGUCUUCACUUUCUAGUGACAAGUCGUAAUCAGUUGGAUAUCCGGGAAUCUUUGAACCCUUUGCCUGUUCAAAAUAUUUUGCUUCGAAACUCAGAAGUCGACGAGGACAUAGAAAGCUUUGUCUCCCAUCAGCUCGAGAACGACCGGAAGCUACAGAAAUGGAAAGUCCGCCACACUGAGAUCAAGGAAAGGUUAACGGCAGGUGCACAAGGAGUGUUCAGAUACGUUGAAUGCCAGUUCAACGCAUUCCGGCGAGUGCGAAACCGGAACCAGCUCGACGAAUGUCUGCGCAGCCUGCCCCGUGAUCUCGAUGAAACAUACGAGCGGAUUCUUUGCAGUAUACCUCAUGAAUAUGUGGACGAUGUUCACCGGGUCUUGACUCUACUAUGCUUCUCCGCCCGCCCUCUCACGAUAUAUGAGUUGAUCGAUGCUCACGCCGUUGAUCUACUAAAUGAGCCACCGCGGCUUGAUCGUGAUGGUCGCUCGUACGAGCAGCAUGAUCUUGUCGACAUUUGUCUUGGUCUUGUUGAGGUCGUGGUCACAAAAGAUGCCUCAGCCAAGAAGGAACAGACUUUGAUUGCUCGUAUAGCACAUUUCUCUGUUCAGGAGUAUCUUCAAUCAGAGCGCAUUCUACAGCAAGGCUCCAAGUCUUUUGCCAUGCAAAGUGCCCCCGCGAAUAAGGAAAUAGCCCACAUAUGCUUGGUGUAUCUCCUGGAGCCAUCUCUCUCGGCCGGGAUAUUUGAUGUGGCAAAUACAAGCCUCCAUUUCGCCCAUUUCGCAGCUAGGCAUUGGUUUGAUCAUUAUGCGGGUUCUGAGGAAGGGCAAGCUGACGUCGAGCCACUAGUUCUGGAGCUUUUGGCAGAGAAUAGAGCGGCCUUUGUGACAUGGAUAAAGUUACAUGAUAUGGACCAAACAUUAAAUAUGAAAAAAAAGAAUCGGCUCUACACCGGCCCCGAGUCCGCUAUCGCAGAGUCUCUGUAUUACGCAGCACUUUUGGGAUUGGAAUUCGUUAUUCACAGCCUCCUGAAAUGUGAUAUCGAAGAUACUAGGAAGGCAUCGGAUGCAAUAAAUACUCAUCUCGGAUUUUGCGGCAAUGCACUCCAGGCCGCAUCAGCCAAUGGCCAUGAAAAGGUGGUAAAACUGCUACUUGAUAAAGGUGCCAAUAUCAAUGCCCAAGGUGGUGUUUAUGGUAAUUCACUCCAGGCCGCAUCAGCCAAUGGUCACGAAAAGGUGGUGAAACUGCUCCUUGAUAAACAUGCUUAUAUCAACAUCCGAGGUGGGCAAUAUCAUAGUGCACUCCAGGCUGCAUUAGUGAGAAAUCACAAAAGGGUGGUACAACUGCUACUUGAUAAAGGUGCUAAUACCAACGCCCAAGGUGGUUAUUAUGGUAGUGCACUUCAGACCGCAGUAAUCCAUUGUGAUGAAGAGGUGGUACAACUACUACUUGAUAAGGGUGCCAACGUCAACACCCAAGCUGGUCAUUCUGGCAAUGCACUCCAGGCCGCAUCGGUGACUGGCAAGAUAGUAUUGCUGCAGAUGCUGUUGGAUAAAGGUGCUAAUAUCAACGCACAAGGUGGGAAUCAUGGUAAUGCACUUCAGGCUGCAUUAGCCAGAGGCCACAGAAGUGCAGUGCAGCUACUACUUGACAAGGGUGCCAACAUCCAUGCCCAAGGUGGGGUUUAUGGCAAUAUACUUCAGGCCGCGGCAUUCAAUGCUGAUGAAAAAGUGGUACAAAUGCUACUUGAUAAAGGUGCCAACAUUAACGCCCAAUGUGGUGCUUAUGGCAAUGCACUCCAGGCCGCAUCGGCAACUGGCAAUGCGAUAUUGCUGCAGAUGAUGUUGGAUAAAGGUGCGAACAUUAACGCCCAAGGGGGUUUUUAUGGCAAUGCGCUCGAGGCUGCAUUAAAAAAUGGACACAAAAUAUUAGUCCAAAAGCUGGUGGAGGGAGGAGCUGACCUUGAUUUCAAAGAUUCCAAAAAUGGGCGCACAUCACUGGUACGAAUGGUGAUAGGCGGCUACCCUGUUAUCAACAAACCUUCGCUCUGGAUAAAUAAGGUUGGGCUUGAUGUGAAGGACAAUUGUGGUCGAGGUCCAUUCUUUUAUGCAGCCUGGUACGGAUAUGCGACUUUUGUGGGCGCGAUUCUCACUGCUGAUGAUGUUGACCCGGACCGGAAAGACCAUUAUGGAUUAACGCCGCUAUCAGUAGCUGUGCGACACGGCCAUACGGAGAUAGUCAAGAUGUUACUGGCUACGGGAAGCGUCACUUGUGACUCUCGUGAUUGUUUUGGACGGUCCGUGUCUUGGUGGGCUAAAAGGAUGGGGAACCCAGAUGUUCAGGAAUUGUUGGCGGACCAUUCCAAAAUCCGAGGCAUACCGAUAUUUGAUGAGAAUUUUGAUGAAUGGUCAGCACCCAAUCACCCUAUAAGAAGAUGUUGUGAUUCCUGCACCUUGGAUAUAAGCAAGGACACUGUCUACUACCGAUGCAACAUUUGCGAUGGGGGUGAUUUUGAUGUUUGUAUCACGUGUUAUGAACUCGAGGGACGUUGUUUGCAGGACGGUCAUUACAUGUUUCGGAAGGGGAACGAUGGAGUUUUAGAUUAG